CGGUUGCCUUUGACAACGUUGUUGUUUUACCAUGGGCGGUGCUUGUACCCGACCGACCAAUCACAUUUAUGAAAAACAGGCUGUAUAUAAAUGACGUCAGGUCUGUUAUAAAAAAAAAUAAAGUACAAGAAACCCAAGGGAGUGUCUCCAAUAAGUCUGCUGGAAUCGAUUGUCUCGUUUAACGGUGAGGAAUGUCAGCGGUUAGCGACAACGGAGAUCGGCUCACCCAGUUCAAGAACAAGGGGAAAGACGCCAACGAGCUGAGACGAAGAAGAGCCGAAGUCAAUGUGGAGUUACGAAAAGCAAAGAAGGAUGAUCAGAUCCUGAAGAGGAGAAACGUCCAGACUCUUCUGGACGACCCGACCUCUCCUCUGCAAGAACCCAACGCACAGCCUACUGAGCCCUGGUCUUUGGAGGAGAUUGUAGAAGGAGUAAACAGCCAGAGUAUAGAGUACCAGCUGGAGGCCACGCAGGCAGCCAGGAGACUCCUCUCCAGAGAAAAGCAUCCACCUAUUGACCACAUCAUUGCUGCCAGCCUCAUCCCGAGGUUUGUUAGUUUCCUGGCUCUAUCUCAAUGCCCCCCCAUCCAAUUUGAGGCAGCUUGGGCCCUGACCAACAUCGCCUCGGGUACCUCAGACCAGACCACUGCCGUAGUGGACUGUGGGGCCAUCCCAGCCUUCAUCAGUCUGGUGGCAUCACCCCACACGCACAUCAGCGAGCAGGCCAUUUGGGCCCUGGGUAACAUCGCAGGUGAUGGAUCCAACUACAGAGACCUAGUGAUCUUACAAGGUGGUCUCCAUCCACUCCUCGCCCUGAUGACAGUCCCUGACCUGUCUAUGUUUCCUUCUGGCUACCUGCGCAAUGUCACCUGGACGCUGUCCAACCUGUGUCGCAACAAGAACCCCGCCCCUCCUAUAAAGGCGGUGCAGGAGAUGCUUCCAGCCCUGGUGCGCCUCCUGCACCACGACGACCAGGAGAUUCUGGCCGACACCUGUUGGGCCGUGUCCUACCUGACCGACGGCUCCAAUGAGAGGAUAGAGGUGGUGGUGCAGGCUGGCCUGGUGCCCCGCCUGGUACAGCUGCUCGCCUGUGGGGAGCUCUCCAUUGUGACUCCAACCCUUCGGUCAGUCGGCAACAUUGUGACUGGGACAGACGAGCAGACACAAUAUGUACUGAAUGCAGAUGCUCUGGCAACGUUCCCCAGCCUGCUGCGUCACCAUAAGCCCAAUAUCCAGAAGGAGGCAGCUUGGACAGUGUCCAAUAUCACUGCUGGCAAAAACACCCAGAUUCAGGAGGUUAUCAAUGCUGGACUGAUACCCAUGCUGGUGGAGAUCCUCCAACAGGGCGACUACAAGACUCAGAGGGAGGCUGUGUGGGCUGUCACCAAUUAUACCAGUGGUGGAACGGUGGAGCAAGUGGCCUACCUGGUCCACUGCAAUGUGCUGGAGCCUCUGCUCAACCUGCUGACGGCCAAUGACGGCAAAGUCACCCUGGUCAUCCUGGAGGCAAUCUACAAUAUGUUACAGAUGGCAUACAAAACUGGAGAGAUUGAAAAACUCUGCCAAAUGAUUGAGGAGGUGGGUGGUUUGGACAAGAUUGAGGCACUUCAGGCCCAUGACAACGAAGCUGUCUACAAAUCCUCUCUCAACAUCAUAGAACGGUUCUUCUCUGAAGGGAAUGAAAAUGAUGAAUCUGUGGUUCCUGAAGCUACUCCAGAGUCCUAUACCUUCCAGAUGCCCAAUGACCAAAGCACUUUCCAGUUUUAACAUACUCAGCCGUCUCUUUGUACCUUGUUGAUAUUUUUGUAUUUUUUUUUUUUUUUAGACAUUUCAUCCUUGUACGUGACAGUACAAAGACUUAAUCUCCAGAUUUUCAAAACAAGAUUUGUAAAUAAAUGGUAUUCCUGCACAA